GAAGGACGAAAAGCGUCGAAACGAGAAUGUGGGAGAACGGAAUCGAACGACGUAUCCGUAAUAAUACCUCGAUGAAACGAAGAAAACCAUCGAGGCUAUCGAUUUUCGAAGAAUUUACGGCUAAAUAAUAUCGAAAGUCUCUAUCGAAGGCAUGGAGGAGAAGAAGAUCGGUGAAGAAAGGUAGCGAAAUGGAAGAAGAGAGACGAUGGCGUCCCUCUCGUCUAAGCGCGACGUUGAUGAAUAAUCGUUGGCGCGUAGACGCGAGCAUCUACAUGGCGCGCAGGUGCGCAGGAGGAUCGGGGGAACGCGGCGCGGCGACACCUGGUGCUGAUUAACGAAUCGGGGAAUCGGUUCUGGUCGGGUAUAAGGCUAAAUGGUCGGCUAAAUUGCCGCGUUAUUCUUGUAAACCGCGGCAUCCCCGACUAUCCAAUUACCGGACGAGGUGGCAAGAUGUCUCGAACGGGAUACACGCGUCCCCCGUCCAACCAGCUCGGAAUCGCGGCUUUUUUAACGCCGCCGACACCAUUAAGGGCGGCUAAUGAGCACACAUGGGAGGGAAAAAAUUAAUCGGUAAAUUUGGCGUGGCACCGAGCCGGCUGCAAACUGACUUCGUUACCAUCCAACAUCGCCAAAUUUAACAGGUAUCGCUUAACGAUCGUUCCGCUUCCGGAUUGGAAGUGGGGGAUUAAUCGAGGAAAGCGAGAGCAAGGUGAGAAAUUCGAAGAUCGAUCGAUUAACAUCGAGAAUAAUCCCUAUCCAACCGCCACUGUUCCCACGUUAUUCGCGACAACCGACAGCCGAUAUCCGUUUCGCUUUUUCCUAUACCUCCUCUCCACGGUUCGUCGAUUCGAUACCUCCGCGCGUUUCAAGUUGAGAAAAACGAGUAAGCUAAUAAUCUAAUCGAGACUGAUACCGAGAUAACUCGAGAUCAUUACGAAUUUAUAUCGGAGGAGGGGGGAGACGUGAAAGGAUGAAAGAAGAGUGAACUUGCACGAGCGAGGAACCGAGUGAAAGCAGCGUUAACGUCAACAACGAGGCGCUGCGAUACGCGCUUCGUUCCCUUCUUUCUUUAUCGUUUCCGUUUCUCCUUCCUUUCCUACCAUUUCACCCAUGUAAUUCGGUUUAACAGCGAUGCACUUUGAAAAUCUCCAUCUUGUCACGCUUCCGCGGAUUCGAUUUUUCCCCCCCACGGCCCUAUUAAACGGAUAAACCCGUCGCUCGCGGCAAGGUAAUCCUCGGUACCCGUUCAACUGUGAACCGAGCUAUAACCGAGGAACGAGUCCGAGUUUUUCUUUUCGAGAAAAAGAAAAAAGAGGAGGGGGAGGGAUCGACGUCGAUAUCGAAGCGAUCGGGACACCGGCUUCCGAUGGUGUCCGUUUCAAGGCGAAUCAGACAAUUUCGUAGUGGAAUAGUUUUCGAGUGGGGAGCUUGGCGUUGAAUGGAAAAAAAAAUCGAAACGCGGAAACCACGGUAAACAAAAUCGUUUAGUUGGCACCCGGAUCGUUCCCGAGACGCAAAUCGAUCACGAUGAUUUUGGCAUAAUUUCUUCAAAUUUUCUCGUGAUAAUUCUAAUCCAAGCGUAUCGUUUACAAGGCGUUCGUCUAAAUUACACGUAAAGCUCAAAUGCACAUUAUCAACAAGUUGGAAGCUGAAAGCUUUCUCGGUUCACCGAUUCGAAGGGAUCGUGUCGAAACUUUCUUUGAAAAAAAAAAGAAAAAAAAAGCGGGAGACGUAAUUGAAAAAUGGGGAAGCAAACGCCCAAGAUGUCGUCCAGGGUGGUUAACGCCAUCAGGAAUCUGAGGGAGGCUCACGGGUCCACGUCGAAAGAGAUCAUGAAUUAUAUCAUGUCGCAGUGCAACGUUCACGAGUCGACCGUGAACAGACAGAUGCACGCGGCGUUGAAACGCGGUUUGGACUACGGUAUCCUGAAGAAGGCCAACGGGCACUAUUUUCUCAACACGGACCCGGAUUCCCAGCUCACGUCGAACAUGAUGCCAACCGAGCAGGCGAGAAGAAGGGGGCGAAGAAGACGAAGCAGGGGUCGGCGGAGAAGAGGUCGUCGAAGGGGGCGCAGGAGAAGCAGAAGGAGAGGGCGCAGAAGACGCAGAAGCAGUCGCCGUCGUCGCCGUUCGACGAGGAGGAGGGGCCGUGGGACGAGAAUGAGGCGGAUGGCGUGCACGAGAUGCAGGUGCACCAAGAGGACCAGGGACAUAGUUGCCCUGAAUAGUAAUCCGGUGGAGCAACUGACGGCUGAGGACAACGGGAUGUGCACGUGCGAGAAGGAGAGCAACAUGGAGACGCGGUCGAGGCACAGCAAGAGCCGCGAUCGAAGCAUGAGUCGGAGCCGAUCGUCGGCGAACAGCGAUCGAGAUGACGGGGCCAAUAAUCGACGCGCGAACAUCGAGGAGGAUUAAUCGAUUCUCGAGGGAGAAGCAAGUCCGUUACCGUGUUGCAUCUUCCCGGCGCGUCGUCAACGCGUUGCAUAGACCGUUCCCCCCUCCCUGUGGAACGAUCGGUGCCGAGUGAAACCGUUCGCGUCUCCGAGUAUCAUCUGUCGUCCGUCACUUUUGUUUUUUCUUUCUUUCUUUCUUUCUUUCUUUCCUUCCUUCCUUUCUUCCUUCCUUCCUUCUUUCUUUCUUUCUUUCUUCCUCCUCUCUUUUCUUUUUUUAAAUCGUAUAGCUCCCUCUCUCUGUUCCUCUGUCGACAUAAAAUUCGUAUAUCAUUUUUAUCGAGUGAUUUAUCGAGUGAUGAAUGUGAUUUUCAACGAUCAUGUAAUAAUUGCGAUAUAUAAUAAAUUGGUAAUGUCCA